AUGCGUUGUUCCCAACGGGACACCGGUUGCCAUGCGAACGAGGAGGCGUAUCAGGAGGCGAAGAAGGUAUCCGGCACGGUCCGUAUCAGCCGGGAGAGGCUGGUUAGCAUCUCUCUCAAGGUCUCUUCUCUCCUGUUCCAGCUCCUUGUCCUGUUGGGGGAUGGCCGUCGUGUAUCUGUCUCCCUGGCUCGCCUUGCUCUAGGGUCCGGUAGACGCAGCAACGCAGACGGACAGUGCCUUGCUCUCUGCCGGCUGCUGGAUGGUGGCGGAUGCAGAGCUGCCGUGCAGUGCGAGGAGUUGAGGUUGGUCGACGCUCUCGCUGACACACCACGACGAGCAGAAGAGACUCGGAGCAGCGUGCUGAGGAGGACCAGGAGGCUUCGGGAGGGCAGAAAAGAAACAGCCGGCGGCAGAGAGAUUCGACCAGGGCGGAUGUCGGACGCAGUCAAACGCCUGCACAUAACGCCUCUAGACGCCGCGAUCCUCGAGACAGUGCUGCAGCCCUCGAUACGCCCGCUUGCCACUGAUAUCUCGCUGCAUACGAUAGAGACGCACCCGGAGAACAACUACGGGUUCGUCAGUCUCCCCAAGGCCGAGGCAGAGAAGCUCACCAGGAAGCUCAACGGCGCAUUUCUCAAGGGCAGGAAGCUGAAGAUAGAAGCGGCCAGACCGGCUCCCAGCAGCCAAUUGCACGCUGAGCCAGAGGUCAGAGCACCAUCCACGGGGCCAGAGAAGGGUGUGGCUCUCAAGCGGAGGGCCAUUGACCACGUUAUCGAGGGCUACGAGCUGCCGGCGUCGCGGAAAGUAAUGCGAGGAUGGACUGAGCCUCGUUCCUCUUCGGGCAGAUCGAAAAAGAAGGACGAGGACUCGAAGAAGGCAAAGAAGAGCAAGCAGCCGUCAAAGUACUCGAGUGGCUCAGAGUGCUUGUUCCGCACUGUGCCGCCGGCGAGCAAGUCGGCAAAGACCAAGUCAGGCUCGAGCAAACAGAAGAAGAAGAAGAAGGGAGGAGCUGAGUCUGUGACGGUCCACGAGUUUAAACAGACAGUCAAGCAUCCAAGCUUUGUCAAGACAGGGGAGAAUGUGCCACCUUCGAAGCUUACUGGAGAGUACGUCGAAGGGAAAGGAUGGGUAGACCGGGAGGGCAAUGUCAAGGAGGAGCCGCCAAAGAAGAGUGAGAGACCGGCUCAUACGACGUCUGUAGUGUCUAAGCAGAUACCCAAGUCAGAUGCGAAGAAGGGUGGAGAGUCACCGGUUGCUAGUGAUGAAUGCGAGUCUUCAGCAGCCGAAUCCUCCAGCAGCGAGGACUACACCAGCUCAGAAGGGUCAGAUAGCUCGUCUGAAUCGGAGUCUGAUGAAAAGGAGGAGGAGGAGGAGGAGGAAGACGGUUCCGACACUUCAAGCACUGGAACAUCUAGCUCUGAAGAGUCUGAAACUGAGAAACCAGAGGCUGUCGAGCAGGAAACUCCAGCCCCAACCGUUGAAGAAAAUAAAGAUACCCCCAAAGUCCACCCGCUAGAAGCACUGUUCAAGCGCCCCAAGCCGUCUAACAUCUCAAUCCCAAACCCCCAGCUGACUAUCGACACCCAAUUCAGCUUUUUCGGCAACGCAGAAGACUCUGGCAGUGAGGACGAGGCUCGUGACAAGCUGUAUACUGAGCCGCAGACUCCCUUUACAGCACAAGACUUGCAGUCCAGGUCUAUGCGGAGUCUGGCUCCUACACCGGAUACUGCGCUCCCUACGAAGAUCACUUUCUGGGGAGAGGACUCUAACGUGAAUGAUUUACAUGAUGACGAUGACAGGCUGGAUACACCCUCUGCGGAGAGGGAGCUGCCUUCUUCACCCACCAAGCCCGGUGCUAAGCGUGGAAAGGAAGCCGCUGAGGACAGCGAGUUUGCUCAAUGGUUCUGGGAGAAUAGAGGAGAUAACAAUCGAGCAUGGAAACGGAGGAGAAGAGAGGCAGGCAAGGAGAGGCGCCAGAGGGAGAACAGGAGCCAUAGCUCCCGGGGCAGAAAAUAG